UGCACCGCGGCGAGCGCUCGGGUGGGAGCCGGCGGGAUGCGCUCGGCGGGCGGCGCCCACUGACCUCCCUCGGCGGCCGGGCCGGGGUAGGGCCGGAGCCGGGAGCCAGCCCCGCCCGCCGCCCCGCCCCGCCCAUGGGCCGCCGGCCCCCGCUGCCGCCCGCCUGGAGGACCGCGCCGAGGGGGGGAGCCGCCUGAAGGACCGCGACGGCCGCGCCCGCAGGUCAUCUGAGUGUCAGCAUGGCAGCCACGAACCUGGAGAACCAGCUGCACAGUGCGCAGAAGAACCUCUUGUUCCUGCAGCGGGAGCACGCCAGCACGCUCAAGGGGCUGCACGCGGAGAUCAGGCGGCUGCAGCAGCACUGCACAGAUUUAACGUAUGAGCUGACACUCAAAAGUUCGGAACAGACAGGAGAUGGAUCUUCUAGAAGCAGUGAACUAAAGAAAAGAUGUGAAGAACUGGAAGCUCAGCUGAAACUCAAGGAGGACGAAAACAAUGAGCUGCUGAAAGAACUGGAGCAGAAGAACGCGAUGAUCGCGGUGCUGGAGAACACCAUCAAGGAGAGGGAGAAGAAGUACCUGGAGGAGCUCAAGGUGAAGAGCCACAAGCUGAGCAUGCUGUCCAGCGAGCUGGAGCAGCGCGCCGGCACCAUCGCCUACCUGACGGCCCAGCUGCACGCCGCCAAGCGGAAGCUGCUGAGCUCCAGCGGCACCUCCGACGGCAGCCCGUCCGGGAGCCCCGUGCUGGCCAGCUACAGGCCAGCGCCCCCCAAGGACAAGCUGCCCGAAACGCCCCGCCGCCGCAUGAAAAAGAGCCUGUCCGCCCCCCUGCACCCUGAAUUUGAGGAAGUCUACAGAUUUGGGGCCGAGAGCCGCAAACUACUUUUGCGGGAGCCCGUGGAUGCCAUGCCUGACCCCACGCCGUUCCUGCUGGCCAGGGAGUCAGCCGAGGUCCACCUCAUCAAGGAGAGGCCCCUGGUCAUACCCCCCAUCGCUUCUGAACGCAGCUCGGGCGAGCAGCACAGCCCGGCCCGCGAGAAGCAGCACAAGGCCCACGUGGGCGUGGCACACCGCAUCCACCACGGCGCCCCGCCGCAGGCCCAGCCCGAGGUGGAGACGCUGGCGGUGGACCAGGUGAACGGAGGCAACGUCGUGAGGAAGCACUCAGGGACGGACAGAACUGUGUGAAGCCUGGCAGGCGCCCCCCGCCCUCGGCGUUGACGCACUGUGAUCACUCCUAGGAAACACUCGUCCGCACCUUUCUUUUUUUUUUUUUCCCAUGCAUGCCAAAUUUUUUUUUGACCUGUCAACAGAUGAUUCUCCUCCUGCUCCUCUUGCCCUCUUACUGACACCAAAAUAUGAUUGUGUCCCUGCUGCAGAAUAUGCACCUACUAAUCGCUGUGGCCGACACCCGUGUGCGGCGUCGCUUGCUUUCGGUCCCCGUCCGUGCAUCUCAGUGCGCUCGUGGGCAGAGCGCAGGCCGCAGGCUGCACUACCCUCGACGUUAGCGAAGCCAGAUAGUCACACGCCUAAUUAGAAAGUCGGAGCAACACAUAGCGACCUUGACCUGUCCCUCCAGGUUCAGGGCAGCCUGUCCGGAGCAGCCCCCGCUGCCUCCUGGAGACCCUGUCACCUCCUGACACACCUCCCCCAGGGCGGCACCGAUAACCGAGCAGCUGUAUGUCACGGGAACUAAAUAAGAUGACGUUACUCCUCGUAUCACCACAACCUGAAUGUGUGUUCAUAUUUUUUGUUAGUUUUAUCCAAAAUGUUCAAGAUCCCAACAAACUUUAUUUUCUAAACCUGC